AUGCUUUUCGGGGCCCUGUCAGGCAGAGACUGCUUCGCUAACCUCCCCGGAAAGUCGUGUAUGAGAUGUGUCACUGCCAAGCGCACAUGUGGUGGCUAUGAGAAUGAUGAGAAGGUCGUCAUCCAGCAAUACGAACGCCCCGAGAAUAAGACUGGCAGCACCACCAAGUCAAUUGGGCGCAAGUGCUCACUCCCUGUGCGAGGACAUCUCCCAGGAACAAAUAUCCUAGCCAACGACAAUUCGCCAAUAGAAGUGCCCGACGAGGCCGUGGACGAAUUCGCCCUGCAGGCCUUUGUGUAUGACUUUUGCGUCAGCUCAACAAAUCAGGCCCUCUCCCGUGGCUUUUUGGGGCGUCUCGAGUCUCGUCUGCAUCGUCUAGGCUGGAAGUCUAAUCUGGCCAAGGCUUGUGAACUGGUCGCCUUUGCUAAACAUGGCAUCUCGCUCAAUCGCCCGCAUUUGACCCUCCGGGCUGAGAAAUUGUAUCAGAAUUUGGUGGCCUCGCUGGCUGUUGAUAUCCAGCAUCCUCCCAACAAGGAGGACAAAGUGCUGGUCGCCUUGCUUUUGGGUCUUUAUGAGGUGCGCAACAUUUGCCGUUAUAUGUAA